AUGGCAUUUCCCAACGCUGAUAUUUUGGAUUAUGAAAUGGAGGAGGGAGAAAUCGAAUCUUCGGGCGAAGAAACCGUAGACCUGAACAUAUCAGGAGAACAGUUCCGAGAGCUCAACGGAGCAGAGGUAGUAGGAGAAGCACGCGACUCUCGCCCUCACGUAACUUCUGUUCAAGAAGUUACGCGAGGGAUCGAGGCCCCUGAGACCUCGGAAGAAGUUGAAGAGGAACGGUAUUCUCGUUUUCGUGCGGAGAGGACAAACAUUCUUCCUAGUCGCUUGCAGGGAGACCCUACUAUUCGAAGGAGGACACAGCCCUCCGUCAUCACCAACACUGGCCAAGAGAGAGGAGUGCUUCGAGAAAUAAAUCUCAAUCCCCCCGCUGCUAACUCUCCAGCUCAUGCUAGUGUGAGUGUGCCACCACCUCCUCCUCCACCUUCCCCUGUCCUGGAAUCUCCGAAAUCCGUAUUUGUUCGGUUGGGGCCGAAAGUGGUGCCUGUGAUUGAUGCCCCUGAAAUUGACCCUGUAGACAAGAAGAAGAAGAAGAAAAGGACACCCAGUGUCCGUUAUCGAGCUUGCUAUGUGACUCCUCAAGAACUUGACGCAGCGAUUAAAGUUGCUCAGAAGAAACGCCAAGACAAAGACGAAGCUACUAAGAGGAAACGAGAGGAAGAACUAGGUAUCGAAUUAGCCAUUGCAAGACUUAAGUCAAAAAUGGAAGAAAUGAAGAAGAAGAAGGAGGAGGAAGAUAAAAAAGAUGAAGAAAAGAAGAAGACGAACAGAGAAGAUGAAGAUAAUGUUAAGUAG